CUUCAGUUCCUUCUGCGAGAAGAGCCGAGAAUCACUAGGUAAUUGACUUCCAAGAUGAGACUCCCAUGUGAAACACUUGCUUGCUUUCUUCUGAUGUUCAGCUUUGCUACUGAAGGUACCAUCCCUAAGGAUAUCAUCUGGGGUACCCUGGGUCAAGACAUCUACCUGAACAUUUCGGAGUUCACAGGAAGUAAGGCUAUUGAGGAAAUACGGUGGGCCACAAAAGAAAGCAGCAUUGCACGACUCCGGAAUAAUAAGCAGGAGUACUUCCAGUUGAAUGGAUCUUAUGAGAUCUUUGAAAAUGGAACUCUGAAAAUCAAACGACUAAUGAGAAAUUUCAGCAAUACCUACAAGGUGACUGUCUACAAUACAGCUGGAGCACUUGAGUUGGAAAAAUAUUUUUAUUUGGAGGUUCUAGAGAUGGUCUCCAAACCAAAUCUCUUCUGGGACUGUAGCAACACAACAUUGACCUGCGAGGUGGUGAGAGGAACUGACCCUCAGUUAACGCUGUAUCUAAACGGAAAAUAUGUCACAAAACAUGAGAAGAUCAUCACACACAAGUGGACCACUGACUCGAGUAUGACGUUCAAGUGCACAGCAACGAACCAUGUCAGCGAGAAAUACAUUGAGGCUGUUGUCAACUGUGCAGGAAAGGGGCUGGGCAUCUUCCUGAUCGUGGGCAUCUGCGUGGGAGGCUUCGUCUUGAUAGUCUUUGUGGUGCUGCUCAUUUGCUACGUCAGCAAGAGGAAAAAACGGAACAGCAGGAGAAGUGAUGAGGAGUUGGAGAUUAGAGCUCCGAGACCAGCAACUGAGGAGAGGGCCCGGAAACUCCCUCCACUUCCCACCUCCGCUCCUGCCAGCGCAGCGGCUUCCCCACCUCCUCCGCCUCCUGCUCAUGGCUCCCAGGCACCUGGCCAUCGCCCCUUACCUCCUGUCCACCGGGCCCAGCAGCAGAAGCAGAAGAGGCCGCCUCCAGCAGGCACACAAGUUUACCAGCAGAGAGGUCCUCCCCUCCCCAGACCUCGAGUUCAACCUAAGCCUCCUCCUCAUGGGGCUGUCGAUAACUCUAAUUAGAAGAGCUGGACUCAUCCUUGGCAGAAAAAGGCUCCACGGAUUUCUCCAACCCAGCGUGCAUGUCCAUACCAGCACUGAAUACUUUCUACACAUAGAUGUUCUUGCCUUCUGAGGUGUGCAGGCCACGAGCCUCAGUGUUGGCCCCUCCUAGCUCUGCUGUACGUUCUGACAUCUGGGGUUGUUGGUCUCCUGGGCAGACCCAGCUACACAAGGAAGGGAUUGUGAGGGAGAGGACUGACUGAGGAGUUGGGGGGCACUCCUGGGCUCCCUGCAGCCUGAGUGCAAGGCAUGACAGGACAAGGGGCUGCUGGGCCUCCUGACAGGGAACCUGUGAGCUUGAGAUCUUCUCUUGUGUGCCCUGGUGGACACUUGCCCACUUUUCCACGAGCAGAAGUAAAAUAAACGCAUCCAUCUCA